CAAAACACCAUCUCAGAAGAAAAUGUCCAGAGGAUGAAGGAGCAAUUCAUGUCUACCUAUGAUGUCACCACAGAUGGACGCUUGCAAAUCCAAGAGCUUGCAAAUAUGAUCUUGUCGGAUGAUGAGAACUUCCUGCUGCUUUUCCGACGGGAAACUCCCUUGGACAACAGUGUGGAAUUCAUGCGGAUCUGGCGCAGUUACGAUGCUGAUAGCAGUGGAUUUAUUUCAGCUGGCGAGCUCAAAGAUUUCCUGCGAGAUCUCUUUUUGCAGCAUAACAAGAUGGUGGAUGAAGUAAAGCUGGAAGAAUACACUGACACCAUGAUGAAAAUCUUUGACAAAAACAAAGAUGGACGGCUGGACCUGAAUGACCUGGCAAG